GGUCUUUCCCCGAGUUUUGCAGCAUUGACUUUCAUCCAUCACAUCAGGGCCGGCUCCCUCGGAAUCAGAAAAUUUCGUUACAUUAUAUUAUCGCUCUCGUCUCGUGCGUAACUGCUGCUCAGACUGCUGCCAGUGUUAAGUGCUUGACUACUCUUGUUCGUUUUUCCAUUGGCUCUCGGAGUCGCGAUUGAGCCGCUCCGCCGAUCGAGUACAAAGUAUCAGUGAAAACAACGUAGGAAGAAAAAGACGGCCUCAUUGAGGUCAUCACCGGACUUCUACAGAGCAGUCCGCUCGCAGCUGCGUGACCUCUGUCACACAACAUGAGGCGUCAAACUACAGAUCGUUCAAAGAGAAGUGGGUUCAGUGGUAGUUCAAAAUGUACAACUACCUUGUGCAUCGCGUUCCUUUUUCUUACCCAUUUGACUUUCGAAAGUGCGGAGGCUUUAUUCAGGCCCGGAAAAGAAUACGUUUUUGAAUACGAAGCAACAUCAAGCUCUGGUGUACUGGUACCAUCAAAAGCACAAUCGUCAUGGGGCUUUUCCGGAACAUUGAUAGUCCAGGUAGAUGAGGACGCUGCGUGGAUGCAGUUUGAAUCCUUGAAAACGAAAGUUUCGAACGGCGUAGAAGAGCUCGAUAUGAAAAAUGAAGCUAUAGAAUUAGGAGAAUCUACAAAUGACCUACUAAAGCCUUUCAAAGUUCGUUAUAAAUCGGGACAAAUCACGAAUUUUAGUGUAGACGCUAAUGAGGCCGUAUGGGCCACUAAUAUCAAACGAAGUAUCGCAGGAAUUUUGCAACUUGAUUUGGCAUCUUUGGAAACACAAGCGGCCUUUCACUCCAUGGAAAUGAAUCAUUAUGGCCAGUGUACAAUUGAAUAUGUUGUAACUGUUGAAUCUGACAGUAGACGAGUGGUACGCAAGUCAGUAGAUCCUCGAACAUGCACAGGUCAUUCCCAUCGCACUUGGAGUAAUGUACCCAGAAUGCCUUGUCCCAGCAGUGAUCAAAACCCAAUAUUAAAAUCCAGCGAACGGUUUUAUGAAAUCUCACUUAUUGAUGGCGCAAUGAAGCUCCUAAGUGUCAAUGCUACAGGUGAAAUUUAUGUACAGCCAUUCCAAAGCCUUGGAGAAGCUCAUUUUUUAAUUAACAAUCAAAAAAUAAGAUUGAUAUCAGAGAAAGAUCAAAAAGUGACUAUUCCAUCAGCAAAUUUUCAAACAAAGCACACGCAGCAUGAGCUUCCUGGAGAUGAUUUGACUCAAGGUCGAGGAACUCCCGAUAAAGCAAAUGUUUUUAAAUCUAUCAGCAAGCUUUUGGAUCGUUUGAGCCAGAGAUUAGAAAAUCCUGGCUUGGACACUGAAAUUAAUAAUCUACACAAUACAACGAUUUCUGUUUUGCUGUAUUAUCUUAGCAUGCUAAACAGAGCCGAUUUACAAGCUGCUUUUAACAACAUAUCUGGAACUAGUUACAAAGAAGAAACUGUGAGAAACAUGUUUCUGGAAGCACUACCACAAGUAGGAACCACAGAAGCAGCCUUGUUUGUAUUGGAACUUAUUCAAUCGCAAACGGUUUCAGAUAUAACUGCAAUACAAUUGUUAACACACCUUCCUUUCCACGUUCGUAAGCCUGAUGUACAGUUACUCUUAGGACUCCAACCUUUGCUGAAUCUUCACAACAAAAUUUCUUCAGAAGUACAGCAUACAGGAAUACUUACUUUUGGAACUUUGGUUUACAAGACUUGCCUCUCAUUCUGCCCAUAUGAGAUGCUUGAUGACUAUGUUAAACUAUAUUUGGAUAAAUUUACAGAAAGCAAAGAAUAUGAGAAGAAAAUGGUUUGGUUGGAAGGCUUGUCUAAUAUUCAACUUGGCAGAGUAGUUGAAUUCCUUGAACCCAUAGCCAGUGGAAACAGUGCGGAAUCUCGACAUCUUAGGGUUCUUGCUGCAUGGGCUUCUUUACCAACAGCUCCACUACGACCUGAUGUGAUAUAUCCCGUUUAUUGGCCUAUUUUAGUCAAUCGUACAGAGCAUUUAGAGAUGCGAGUAGCUGCAUUAACGCUUCUUAUAGUUUCCAAUCCAACACCAAGUCGUUUAAUAUCUCUGUAUUGGUAUCUUAAAGGAGAGCCAAGUCGCCAUCUCUACAAUUAUUUCUACACAACUUUGAAAUCAAUAGAACGAACUAAAUUUCCAUGCUAUACACACAUGGGUGGAAUCGCUGCGCAAUUUGCUCGAAUUCUUCAUAAGCCAGUACCUAAUGAACAUAUCAUCACUGGAAACUAUCUAUUUGACUACCAAGAUUCAAGGAGAAAUUUUGGUGCUCUUAUUAAUGGAAUAGUCAUUGCUAAUUCUCUAACAAACAUCCCAGAAGUCGCUUAUAUUACUUUGCAUAACCAUGGAUCUGGGCUUGAUUUAAAUCAUGUAGCUUUAUAUAUUAAAGCAGAAGGACUGUUACAUGCGAUUUCGACAAAUGUAAACGAUAUGAGCUUUUCUACUCGAGUUGAAGACAUUCUCAAACAAUUUAAAUUCAAACAUCAACCAAACAGCCCUGUGCAUCUCGAAAUCAUUGCAUAUGUUCAACAAAAAGCUGUAUUAUGUUUGCAUCUAAAUCAAACAAAUCUUAUCAAAGCAUUUAAGUAUGUGUCAACUUUACAAGACAGCACAUAUCAUGUUUAUCAAAGUAUGGAGUUCCAUGUCAAUCAACAAAGAAUUCAUGUUCCUUUAACAAUGGAAUCCAUUCAAGUAACAGACUUGGGUACCAAUGUACGAUUAGCAGUAACCGCUAAUUCUUUAUUUUCAAUGAGAGGAAAUUUCACUCACAUAUCAAAUGGUCGUAACAAUCAUGUCAUAUUAAGAACAUCAAUACAUGGCACACAAGUUUUGGAAAACUAUAAUCCUUUCAAUGACCUCUGGCACGCAGCAGAGAGAGCUCAAUCAAUUCAUGGAUAUUUACCUGUUAACAUAACAUUUGGAUUCCAAGAAAAAUUAUUCUUUUCUUAUAAUACACCAGAAGACAAGUUAAGAGCUGGAUUAAUUGCACACGUUAGAACAGUAACAAAUAUUAGAGGGUACAAAGUACAAUCCAAAUUAGACACCCUGUGUUCAAAUUGUGUAGAUUUGUAUACUGUAAAACGUUUACCACAUAAAACAAGCACAUCCAAUAACAUCUUUGUAUUCAAAGCCCCAGAGCUCGGAGGAUUAUUUGGAGUAACAGUAUUUGAUUGUGAAGAUAGGAUUCCAACAGAGGAAUUCAUGAUUGCUGAUGUUUUAUCCUCACAUCAAAGUAACUGUCGCAUUUGGCCUCUGUUGGAGACUGUAUUACUAGGACUUCAUUUCUUUGACUAUUUGUCUUACGUUCCUCCAGUAGGCAGCUGUGGUUUGGAAGUAUAUGUUGAACCAAUAAGUUCACUAUCAUCAGAGAUAAGAUUUGAAUACACGAAAAAAGAUAAAUAUCACAUGCUAGCUUUAACUAGAAGACAUCUCAAUAAAGUCGAAAUUCUUCAACAAUGGAAUAUUGCUAUUGCAUAUGAUAUAACAAGUUGGAUUUCAGAUACACUAAGAAUUAAAGCAAGUAAAAGUAGUUCUCCCAAUGAGAAAGUGAUGAAGGUUUGUAUUGAAGGAGAAAGAGAGACGCCAUGGGAUUGGGACUUUUUGAGCACAAAACCAAGCGAACCUUCUUCUAUUAAGCUCAAUAUAAUCUGGGGCCCAGCAGAUUCAGCAAAAGGAAAAUGCAGUGGAUCUUCGUUACUUAUGCAAUUAACUGGUGAAGUGACUGACGAGCAAAUAGCAGACAGCAAAAAAGACAUUUGGCCUUACAAUGAAUGCCAAGCUCAAUCAAAAGACAAGACAUUUGUGCCAUAUACCGAAGCUUGUUAUGAAGCUUCUAGAGAAAUGUCAACAUUAAGAAAGUAUAAAAUAUCCAUUGCACAUGAAAAUCUUCCAACCGAACUUUUAAAAUUAGGUUGGAAAUUGCGAGCGCUUUACGAUUUAGUUGGGGGUAACAGUAGCAAAAAAUCUCCUAAUACAGAUGAAAUGGCAGUGGUUGCAACAUUUCCAAAGGAUUCUAGUAGCGGUGAAUUAUUAUUCAAUGGAGAAAAAAUUAAAACUGAAUUCAGCAGUAGUUUUAUAAAUAGUAUGCUGGUAAGAAGUAGACUUCACAAAUACAUGGAUAGUCCAUUUUUAAGAUCUUUCUUCAGUACAUGUAUAUUAACACCCAGUGCUAUUAAAUCAUCAAAUAACAUUUCUCAUACCUUUGAGCAAGACAAAGAAAAAUUGAUUAUCGCUAGAUGUGAUGACAAUAAGCCGAGAUUUAUAUUAUCUGCAGUUAAUAAGGGUGAUUUUGUUGAAUUGACACUUGACGACGAGACUGAUAGAAUAAUUUUAGAUUCUAAUGGAGAAGGUGGUACUGUUCACAAUCACACACAUCCAGUUCCUGUAGUAAGAAACUUCGAAUUUUCAUACAUUGGAUCAAAAUGGGUCAGGAUGGAUAAGAAAACUGUUGAUCUAGUAUUUGCGGAAAUUUUGCUUUUUGUUCAUUGGUCAAAAGAACAAGUGCUUCUAUUUUAUCCAAAUUAUAUUCAAGAGUUUGUGUGUGGAUAUUGCACAUUACAAGGUCCAAAUACUGAUGGACUUUAUGACAAGCUUUAGUGAUUAAUGGAUUCAUUACUACUUUUAUAUAUUUUCAAUUAUAUUUUACUAUAGAAUUAGACAAGUUUGCUUAAAUAUUAAUGAUGAAGAAUGCAAAACAUGUGUUAAAAAAUAUUUAUUGUAGUUUUUAAGACUCUAUUUUGCAAGUUUUUACUUUUUAAUAAACAUAUAAGUUUUUAUAAACUCACUUUUAAUUUUUUCCCUUUUUUAUUUAAAAUAAUAAGAUAAAUUUAUUUUGAUCAAGUAAAAUGCACUACUUUUGGUUACAUAUUUCUAGAAGAUUGUACUUUUUAUAUGUAAAAUAUUCUGGAGCAAUAGAAAUAAGGCAAACUGCUCUUAUAACUUCAACUACAACUGCAAUAUCCGGAUUUUUUAAGUUAGCUUUGUUAGCUGGAUUUUUCUUUAAAAUAAUUUUAGCCAAAUCUUCUAUGACAUCAUUCCUAUGUAAACUAUGAUUACUGUGUCGACUGAAAAACCAAAAUUAAUGUAAUAAAUACCUAUGUUGGAUAAAUAUUUGAAUAUGGGAUAAAAAAACUACUUACUUAAAAACUA